UAGAAAAGUUUUUUGGUUCAUGUUUACAUCUUAAACCGCGUUUUAGAUCUCUGGCAUCCAACAACAAUCUAAGGCGCAGUUGGCAAUCUUAACAAAAAAUAUCAAUAAAACUAUAAUAACAUGGCGUCAUUGCUUUUGAGAUACUCCAACUCACUUCGUUUUGUGUCAGCCUCCCAAGUGAGUCAGCUGAGGUGCUUACACCGACAACCUCUCGAUCCGGAAUGGGCGGCUUUGGCAAAAAAACAGUUGAAAGGCAAAGAUCCUGAGCAAGAAUUGCUUUGGUAUACAUCUGAAGACAUUACAUUGAAACCAAUUUAUACAAAAAAAGAUGUUGAAGGGCUGGAACAUGAAUUACCUGGUAAGUUUCCUUACACACGGGGCCCUUACCCCACAAUGUACUCUCAGAGACCAUGGACAAUCCGACAAUAUGCUGGUUUCAGCACAGUAGAAGAGAGUAAUAAAUUUUAUAAAGAAAACAUAAAGGCUGGACAGCAAGGACUGAGUGUGGCUUUUGAUCUUGCCACUCACUGUGGCUAUGAUUCUGAUAAUCCACGUGUUUAUGGUGAUGUGGGUAUGGCUGGAGUGGCAAUUGACAGUGUUGAAGACAUGAAAGCUUUGUAUGAUGGAAUCCCUCUUGAGAAAAUGUCUGUCUCAAUGACUAUGAACGGAGCUGUAAUUCCAGUUUUGGCGAUGCACAUUGUUGCAGCUGAAGAACAAGGCGUUAAAGCGGAACUCUUAUCGGGUACCAUUCAAAACGACAUCCUUAAAGAAUUCAUGGUUCGAAAUACUUAUAUUUAUCCGCCUGCUCCUUCUAUGAGAGUCAUUGGUGACAUUUUUAGUUACAUAUCAGCGAAAAUGCCGAAGUUUAACUCGAUCAGUAUAUCGGGAUACCACAUGCAAGAGGCUGGAGCAACUGCGACACUUGAACUGGGAUUCACUAUGGCUGAUGGCAUCGAGUAUUGUCGAACAGGCUUGCAAUCAGGCUUAACUAUUGAUGCCUUCGCACCACGUUUAUCAUUCUUCUUUGGGAUUGGAAUGAACUUUUAUAUGGAAAUUGCCAAAUUAAGAGCAGCCCGCCGUCUCUGGGCCAAUUUGCUUCAAGAAAAGUUUAGCCCUAAAAGCCAAAAAUCAUUGGCUUUAAGGACUCAUUGUCAGACAUCCGGCUGGUCAUUGACAGCUCAAGAUCCGUAUAAUAACAUUGUGCGUACGACAGUCGAAGCUAUGGCAGCUGUCUUUGGUGGCACGCAGUCUCUCCACACCAACUCCUUCGAUGAAGCCCUGGCCUUACCUUCUAAAUUUUCGUCACGUAUUGCCCGCAACACACAAAUCAUACUUCAGGAAGAAACAGGAAUACCAAAGAUCAUUGAUCCCUGGGCCGGCAGUUAUAUGAUGGAGACGUUGACUGACGAAGUAUACACGAAAUCCAAAAGGAUUGUUGAUGAAGUCGAGCAAAUGGGUGGUAUGGCCAAAGCUGUAGCAUCCGGCUGGCCUAAACUUAAAAUCGAAGAAUGUGCUGCCCGUCGCCAAGCACAGAUUGAUUCCGGCUAUGAGACAAUUGUUGGUGUGAACAAAUAUCAACCAGAAAACCCGGAGCAAGUGGAAGUCCUCAUGAUCAAUAAUGCAGAUGUCCGAAACAAGCAAAUUGAAAAAAUCAAAAAGGUUAAAGCGACCCGCGACUCAGCCAAAGCUGAACAGUGCCUCAAAGCGAUAACAGAUUGCGCUGGUGGCGCUGAGGGCAACUUAUUGGCCUUGGCUGUCGAGGCUUCUAGAGCUCGCUGCACCGUAGGCGAAAUAACCCAAGCCAUGGAAAAGGUUUUUGGUCGUCACGUAGCGCGGGACACAAUGAUUUCAGGAGCCUACAAAAGCGAGUUUGCAGACAAAUCGCAGUUCGAUAUAGUAGCUAAAAAGAUUGAAGAAUUGGUUGCCCUUGAAGGCCGUCGUCCUCGUAUCCUAGUUGCAAAGAUGGGUCAAGACGGUCAUGAUCGCGGUGCCAAAGUCAUUGCUACUGGUUUCGCAGACCUCGGAUUCGAUGUCGACAUCGGCCCUCUGUUCCAGACGCCGAGCGAAGUAGCCCAACAAGCCAUUGAUGCUGAUGUUCACGUUGUCGGAGUGUCUUCAUUGGCCGCCGCUCAUCGGACCCUUGUACCUGAGUUGAUUAAGGUUUUGAAAGAUAUGGGUCGAUCUGAUAUUCUCGUUGUCGUUGGUGGCGUUAUCCCACCUCAAGAUUACGACAUGGUCUACAAUGCCGGCGCGUCUGCCAUUUUCGGACCGGGUACGAAAAUUCCUGUUGCAGCGCUGGAAGUUGUUAAUUUGAUUAUCGGCGGAUUAACACGAAAAACUCAAUCAACAGCCAAUUAAGUAAAACUUGA